CGCGUCAGCCUUUCCCUCCGUUAUUGGUAAGGAGAAUGACAGGAGCUAGGCGUGCGGGGUGGCGCAUAAAUUUUCCUCCUUUCUUUGCUCGCUUUUGCAUUGACCAUCGUUUGAUUGUUUCUGGAUUGAAUAUCGAGAUUUGACGGGAAAUGGAGGGCGGAAGAGCGGUGGAUCUUGGAUGUGGGGAUUACGGGUGUGCGCAUUAUAGGAGAAGAUGCAAGAUAAGAGCACCGUGUUGCGACGAGGUCUUUGAUUGCAGGCACUGUCAUAAUGAAGCGAAGAAUUCGCUCGAAACUGCACCUCUAAAACGGCACGAUGUUCCGCGACACGAAGUGAAACAGGUCAUCUGUUCUUUGUGUGGCACCGAACAAGAAGUUCAACAGAACUGCCAGAAUUGUGGGGUUUGCAUGGGCAAGUAUUUCUGCGCCAAGUGCAAGUUCUUCGAUGAUGAUGUUUCAAAGAAUCAAUACCAUUGUGACGAAUGCGGUAUCUGCAGAACUGGAGGCAAGGAGAAUUACUUCCAUUGUGAGAAAUGUGGAUGUUGCUAUUCGAAGUUAAUGAGGGAUGCCCAUCGCUGUGUCGAAAGGGCAAUGCACCACAAUUGCCCUGUAUGCUUCGAGUACCUGUUCGACACAAUGAAAGAUAUAACUGUCCUGCCUUGUGGACACACCAUACAUUUGGAAUGCGUCAAGGAAAUGGAACAUCACUUCAGGUACUCAUGCCCUGUUUGCUCAAAGUCGAUCUGCGACAUGUCUAGUUUGUGGAGAAGACUCGAUCAAGAGAUUGCAAAAACUCCAAUGCCUGAAGUGUACCAAAAUAAGAUGGUUUGGAUACUUUGCAAUGACUGCGGAGCACAAUGCCAAGUCCGGUUUCACAUUGUGGCGCACAAAUGCACAAGUUGCGAGUCCUAUAACACACGACAGAUGCGAGGCGGUCCUCCGGCCUCAUGUUCGUCAGGGACGACCGAGGUCGUGAGAUGACCGCUGCAGUCGAUAGUUUUACACAGAGCAGCUCAUCCUCUUUGAAUAGAGUCGGGGCAUGAGCAAUGGAUGAAGGUCUUCGAGACACCUACUAUGGUUGUGCUAUCUUGUAGAAGCUUUCCCGAAAAAGGGAAUUCAUUUUUUUGUGGCAUCGAAUCCUGUAAUUUUUUUUCUUGCUGCUGUAUGAGAAAUUCUGAUAAUUUAUACCAGAUUUGUUUCUUGAUC